UUUCGUCUCGCCUGAUCGCCUGCUCACUCCUACUAGUGCUCCCAAUUCUUGUACUACUCAGCAUUCUCCUUUCUUCUCGGAAGCCUUCCGGCUGGGAUCUAGGCCAUUGCACAAAUGAGAGCAACGCGUCCAAGCAUUUGCUCUAAGAGUGUUCUCUCGAGCAGAUAGUAGUCGCUCAUGGGAAGGCGGCAUGACAAUCUCAUGCUCCGCCACAAUGCGACUUACGAAGGCUCCGAUUAUUACCUUCUUCCGGUCGUCGCCAUUCCCCGGCGGAUCCGUCUUACGUCGCUGCGAUUUCAACCCCUAUUUCCUGCGCCCUUCUGUCGCCUCUUCUCCUGGGAAGUCGCGUUCAGGUCUCAAAUUCGAAUCCCUUCGUCGUCAGAGUUUGAGAUUGUCUGAGAAAGGCUGUCGCUCCUUUGGCUGUGACGCGUGCGAGAGCGAUGGGGGAGAGCGGAGACAUCAUGUGCAUUGCAGAGCGAUGGGGGAAAGAGGAGGCGGCGUCCGAAGGGAUGACGGCGAGAAGUCUCUUUCAGGCGCAGAAUCUGACACGGGAUGGAAUCCGGACCGCGAAGACGGAGAAUGGUCCCCGGAUGAACGGAUAGGAUCUGAUCGCGCAGUGGAAUCUUCCAAAAUGGCGCCGGACGUGACGGAAAAUCGUACGGCCAGGAUGCAGCGGGGUUCUCCAGGUCUCCAGGAAUCGACAAAUCAAGAUGAAUCAUCUCGAAAUCUAGACUGUCGAAGCAUUGCACGCGAGGAAGUUUCAUGGAGGGUUCGAAGACUAAUCGCUGAUGGACCGAGGAUGCAGAUCUUGAUGCACGCCAGCGCUAAACUUCAAAUCCUGGCCGUUGAUCAGCAGCAGCAGUACGUGGCAGAUCUUACCAGGAAACAGAAGCAUUUGCGAAGAUUGGUCCUCAGAAAGCCUGCUGUGCGAAAUCUUGUGCGAAAAGGACGGUUGUUACAAGGCGAAGCGGUGGCUCUGAAGGGGGAGAUUAUGGAGAGUGCGGCUGUAAGGAGAGUGACUGUAUCGGUGCAACGGUGGUGGGAGGGCUUGAAGGUGCUUGACAGAUACUUUCUGCUGGAGCUGCUGCAGCCUCUGCUGCUGGGCCUCUCCGCCUUCACCCUCCUGGCGCUCUCCAUAGCAACCUCCCACGAGGCCAUGGCCGUGUUCCAGUCCCCAGCCCUGCCCUCCGUGUUCCAUAAGACCUUCUACACUCUGCAGAUCGUGCUGCUGCGCACUCCAUUCUAUGUGGGCCUGACCCUCCCCAUGGCAUCCCUUCUAGCGCCCCUGCUCUGCCUGGCCCGCAUGUCAGCCGACAAUGAGCCAUCCACGCGUCGGGCAUAUCCAUGAAGAGGUUCCUCUCAGUCGCGGCUCACCUCUUCCUCGCAUGCACUCUGCUGCACUACACGUGGGCGGAGCUCCUCGUCCCCUUCACCACCCACCGCGCCUCUCACAUGCUCAGGGCUGUCCGCUCCGCGCACUCUCCCCGCCACCUGCACCAGCUUCUCUCUAUGCAAGGGCGUGAACAGCAGCACACGCCACACAUGCGUUAUCCCAUCAUCUUUCCUCAUUUCAGCAAGAGCGGGGAUCUCCACUCUCUCUUCUAUGCGAGGAGGUGUGAAGCCGGGGUGAUGAGGCAAGUCACGCUUGUCGACCAGAGCAGAGCCAAUUCCAACUGCCUGCCACCCUCGUUACAGUCACCGUCGUCGCAGUCUGCACCUUCUUUACAAACGUCAUCACCACAUUCGUCGUCUCCAUCAGUAUAUUCGCCAGUGCUGCUGCCCUCCUCCCACUUUCCAGAACCAAUGGCAAGCACAGCUGCAGCCAGCUGUGUGACUCGGGUUAUUUCAGCAGAGAGAGCGACUUGGAUCCCCUACUCCUCUCGCCCCUCCUCCUCCUUCCUCCCCUUCCCCUCCUUCCUUCGAAAAAGCCCCAUUCUAAGACUGGAUAAGGGAGGCUAUACUCGUUAUAAAGUCGACAACCAAGGACCCACCUACAGAGGGGGUCACUGGGUGUUCACUAACGGGGUGGAGCAGGUUCUCUCCCUUUCAUCACCUGGCUAUCUUCCCUACGAGCUUCCUGCUGCUGAUUCCCGUGCUACUGAACUUGUGGCAGAGCAACCCGAGCGGCCACAACCGCAGAUGCAGCAACAGCAGCAAGCACAGCAGAAAGAGGCGGAAGGGCACGAGGAGGGCCGAGAGCAGCAGGGGACCGAGACCCGAGAAGCAGCAAAGGGACCUGGGAUUGCAAGCAGGGUGGGUGCGGAGAGGGAUAAAGCGGGUGGGGGUGAGAGGUUGAGGAGUGGCUGGGAGCGGAGUGGGAUGGAGGAGAGGGGGAGGGGGGCAGUGGGAAGGAUGCGUGGGGGGAGGCACAGGAAGGGCAGAGGCAGACUGCAGCAGAGGGAGACGGAAGCGAGGAGAGCUGAACAGCAGAGACAACAACAGCAGCAAGAAGCAGAAAGGAGGCCUGUCCCACAAGCUGCGCGUGCACUUGUGUCACAAGCAGCAGCUGUUGAGACUGGUGAAGCACCGGCUGUCAGCAGCAGCAGCAGCAGCAGCAGCAGCAGCAAUCACGUGGCAAGCAGGCCGUCAUGGGAGCUCGUGUCAGCGCAGCCAUUCACCGAAAUGAGAGAGCUGUCGCUUGGCCGUGGACCUCUGUACCUAGCAGAGGCAGACGGCAGUUGCAGUCUCGACGACAUGUCCCUGCUGCAGGUGGUGCGGCUGCAGCGGCUGUAUCGGCAAUGCUGCAACGACAGGGAGAGCACGCGAAUACUGGUGAAGAUCCAUCAGCGAGUCGCUCUCCCAUGCGCCACCUUCCUCUUCGCCAUCCUGGGAGCUCUCUUCGCUGCCCACCUGCAGAUCAGAAAGCGGCAGGUGGGCUUCGCCCUGGCAGUCUUUGUCAUCUUCACCUAUUACUCUCUCUCCGUCACCGGUGUCCUUCUUGCUCAGCUGCGUGUGAUCAGCCCGAUGCUGGGUGGGUGGCUGCCGAAUCUAGCGGGGGCUUCAGUGGCACUUGUCUUGUUGCGUAUGGGAGAUGUGCAGUAAAUUGAGGGGAUCGUAUAUCAACAUUUCCUUUUUCCACUACCAUACCUACAUUUUGGGAGGGUGAAUAUCAGUGAACGGGAAGGGGAGUUUCAUCCUGUUGUUUCAAGGGCAGCAAUAAAUUGUCACUAUCCUUUUUAAGUAGCUGAUCGCUUGUUGGUGCUUCAAACAAGUCAGUCCUCUCCUUUCCUUGCGUCUGCCAUCAAACAAAUUGCAUUAUCCAGC